AUGCCAACCCGCAGUCAAAGCUAUAGUGCCGUGGACAUUGUGCGGUACGCGCUCACGCUCGAACAUCUCGAGGACAAGUUCUACCGUGAAGGCUUCGCAAACUUCACUGUGGAUCACGCUCACGAGACGGCUCACUUACAGUUUAUCACCGCUGCACUUCACUCAAUGGGCCAAACACCAACCAUGGAGUGCGCAUACGCUUUCGGCAUCACAAGCGUGGACGAGUUCGUUGCAACGGCGGGUAUCUUUGAAGGCAUUGGUCAAGCUGCCUAUGCUGGCGCUGCCACUCAGAUUGCUCACAAACAGAUCUUGGCCGCUGGUCUCAGCAUUGCAACUGUGGAAGCGAGACCCAAUGCUUACUUGCGCGCCUCUCUGGCACAAAGUCCGUUUUCGCAAAAGAUGGAUGACGAGCUCACGCCUGAUCUUCAUCGUGUCGUGUCCGGUUGGCAACCAACGUGCCCGGUGAAAGCGUUCCCAGGUAACACAAUCGCGACAACAGGCACGAUCAUUUCAGGCCAGGUUCUUAGUGUGCACACCGAGGGCUUCGUCCUCAAGGCAGCGGACGCAAAUGCGCAUCUGUACGCGGCAUUCAUGACUGCGACCGGAGCGGACUGUGCGGACGGCAUAAACCUCCAGAUCACGGUUCCAACGAACGUGAAUGGCCAAUCGUACUUACUGAUGUCGAAUUGCAACACUACCGUUAACGACAACUGCGUAACCGCUGAUCCUACCUAUAUUGAGAUAAGCAUAUUAACCCACAACGAAACAGAAAUUGAGCCAUUGAACCUUUGA